AUGCAAAUUCGUAUAUGCAAAACUCGCUUGGCUGUGACAGAGCCAUGUUGGUUGGUCAGGAAAGCGUAUUUUUGUGAGGAAACGCAAGGACGAGGGUGUAGAAGUCAAGCAGCAGUGGGAGGUCCGGGAUCUGUGGCUGGAGCCGGUGUUGGUGGUCCAGGAUCAGUGCACUCGCAGUCUGGUGCUCCUGCAAACGCUGUAACUGGUGGUAAUCAAGGAAAUGGCCCUGGUAAUGGUUCGACCGGGAACUCUGCUUCAGGCGGGCAAGAAGAAGCAAGUGAAAUUUCAAAAAUAAAACAAAGUUUGUUCGACGACUUAAAACAUUUUGGCGCCAAAGAAGAGAGCAGCGGUGAAGGAUAUUUCUCAUAA